AUGGCUCAGAAGAAAGAUGAGCAAGAAGGGGAUGUGUUGCCGACUAAAGGGGAGUCCGACUCAGAGGUUAAGCUCAUUCUCUACCACUGGACUCAUUCCUUUAGUUCCCAAAAGGUACGCUUAGUAAUUGCUGAAAAGAAACUGAAGUGUGAGGAACAUGAUGUAAGUCUCCCCCUGAGUGAACACAACGAACCAUGGUUUAUGCGUUUGAACUCUUCUGGAGAAGUACCUGUCCUCAUCCAUGGGGAAAACAUUCUUUGUGAGGCAACUCAGAUAAUUGAUUAUCUUGAACAGACUUUCGUGGAUGAAAAAACACCUAGGUUAAUACCUGAAAAAGAAAGCAUGUAUUACCCACGAGUCCAGCACUACCGAGAACUCCUUGACUCCUUGCCCAUGGAUGCCUAUACACAUGGUUGCAUCUUACACCCAGAAUUAACAGUGGACUCCAUGAUCCCUGCUUAUGCAACAACAAGGAUUCGCAGCCAGAUAGGUAAUACUGAGUCUGAACUGAAGAAACUUGCCCAAGAAAAUCCAGACCUUCAGGAUGCAUACAUAGCAAAGCAGAAGCGUCUUAAGUCAAAGCUACUGGACCAUGACAAUGUAAAAUAUUUGAAGAAAAUACUUGAUGAACUUGAGAAGGUUCUGGAUCAAGUUGAAACUGAAUUGCAAAGGAGAAAUGAAGAGACGCCAGAGGAGGGCUGCCAGCCUUGGCUCUGUGGUGAAUCUUUCACGCUGGCAGAUGUAUCGCUUGCUGUCACAUUGCAUCGACUGAAGUUCCUGGGGUUUGCAAGGAGAAACUGGGGAAACGGAAAGCGACCAAACUUGGAAACCUAUUACGAGCGUGUCUUGAAGAGAAAAACAUUUAACAAGGUUUUAGGACAUGUCAACAAUAUAUUAAUCUCGGCAGUGCUGCCAACAGCAUUCCGGGUGGCCAAGAAAAGGGCCCCAAAAGUUCUUGGCACCACCUUUGUGGUUGGUCUGCUUGCAGGAAUGGGAUAUUUUGCUUUUGUGCUUUUCAGAAAGAGAUUUGGCAAUGUGUUUUUAGCACUGAGAGCAAGGCAAAAUUAUUUCUAG